AUGUACGACUCUGUGAGGUACAAAUCACGACGUGGACGUGGACCUCGACGCUUGUCACCACAUGCUGGAGAUCCUUCUCGUUUUCAAGGGUUCGCUGGUGCAGCUGUCCACUACUUGAGCCAAAUUUCGGAGGUGUAUGAGAGCUUAAUUCGUGGAGGAUUACCUCUUUAA